GAAAAUCCAAUAUCCAACUACCUUCCCUCUCCAUCAUACAUUUCCAUGGUGCGGGCCUCUGCAAUUCUCUCCUUCAUCGGAUUCAUCCCUAACCAUCGCCAUUCUUCACUCUCCACACACUCACUAACUCUCUUCUAGCUAUGGAGGUCACUUCUUUCUGUAGCAGCAGCACCAGAGCAGCUUCCUUCAUCUACUCAUAUCCUUCCACAACCACUUCAAGAAGAAAACGCCCUCUUCAUCUUCAUUCCAUGGCUACCGAGAAACCUCUCCCCUCCGCCGCUAAAACCGUCGGCUCCAAGAAGAUCAACACCACGGUGUUCCCUCUCGGCGAGAAAGGCCCAAGGAGUAGCAUCUCGCUCUCGACUUCACCGCCGAUUAAGCUACUGACGAGGGUGGAGCAAUUGAAGUUACUAAGCAAGGCGGAGAAGGCUGGGUUGCUAUCUGCGGCGGAGAAGGCCGGGUUGUCUUUGUCUUCGAUUGAGAAAUUAGGACUUCUGUCGAAGGCUGAGGAAUUGGGGGUUUUAUCGGCAGCGACAGAUCCAGGAACUCCCGGUGCGUUGCUGAGUUUAAGCUUAGGGCUGUUGUUAUUAGGGCCUUCAUGUGUGUAUUUGGUGCCGGAAGAUAGUGUUUGGGAAAUCGUGUUGCAGGUGGCAGUGGCUCUGGUCUCCAUCGUCGGCGGUUCCGCAGCUUUUGCCGCGUCGAAUUUGGUCUCGAAUUUGCAAAGAUCGAAUUGAAAUUCAGUGUUGGAAUUUGUUAAUGGCAGCCAUGAAAGUUGUAGUUAUCAGCUUUCCUUCUCCUUCCAUGUCGUCGUUUUGUAUGCUGUAAUUAUUGAAUUUCAUCAUUUCCCGGCGAGUUAAAAUGGCGAUAUUUGAACGGCAAAUCUUAUGCUCUCAAUUUUACA